GUGGGAGUUUCUCUUGUUUCUUGGCGUUAAAGAAAGAUCAGCAGCAUCUCUAUCACCGCCGGACCUCAGCGAUAAGGGAGUUUUAUAAGGUGAGUGAGAUAUGGUCCAUUGCUGAUGGCUCAGUCUGAGCUGUUCGUGACGAGAGCUUCCCCUGUGGAGGCGAGGCCCGUGGAGCUAGAUGUUCUGGGGUUCCUGCAACGUUUUGGGGAUGAAAACAGCACAGCUGAGAGAUGCUACCGCUCGCACUCCCACAGCAGCGUCCUCCAGGGUCUGCCAUUUGGUGGGGUUCCCACGGUCCUCGUCAUCAAUGUCGUAAUCUGGAUGUUUUUACUGCUGAUCUUCUCAUGUCUGAGGAAAGCUGCUUGGGACUACGGCCGCCUGGCUCUGCUGAUGGAGAAUGACAGUCUCACAUCCCUGUUUUAUGGAGAACCAAGUGAGAAAGAGAAGUCGCCUUCAGAAUCCAGUCCCUCUGACUCUGAGACCAAGGACAUGGGCUUCUGCUCAUGGCUGUCAUCGCUUUACCAUAUGAAGGAUGAGGAGAUCCGAAGUAAAUGUGGCAUUGAUGCCGUGACAUAUUUGUCCUUCCAGCGCCACAUCAUCCUGCUCAUGACAGUGGUUACCCUGCUGUCCUUGGCUGUAAUCCUGCCGGUCAACAUUUCCGGGAACCUCCUGGGAGACAGUCCCGAAAACUUUGGAAGAACAACCCUGGCGAAUGUUAGUGCAAAGGACAGCUUUCUGUGGCUGCACAGCGUCUUGGCUCUGGUUUACUUCAUUAUCACGUUGCUGUGUAUGGCUCACCAUUCGCUGCAGCUGGAAUACAGAGAAGAUGAGAAGGUGGCUCGGACACUGAUGAUUACCUCCGUACCCAAGGAGAUCUCUGACCCAGGACUCAUCACCAAACAUUUCCAUGAGGCCUACCCAAGCUGCACUGUCACCGACAUCCGGUUCUGCUUUGACGUCCACAAGCUAAUGAGGCUGGACUUGGAGAGGCGCAAGGCAAUGAAAGGCAGGCUGUAUUUUGCCACAAAGGCCCAGAAGGAGGGAAAAAUCAUGAUCAAGACUCAUCCGUGUGCUCAGAUCUUCUGCUGUGACGUCUGCGGCUUUGAAAAGGUGGAUGCAGAGCAAUACUACAGUGAAUUAGAAGAGAAGCGGACAGAUGAGUUUAAUGCUGAGAAGAACCGCAUCACCAUGAAGAGGUUGGGCAUCGCCUUUGUGACCUUUCGCGAUGAGCGGAUGACUGCUGUCAUCGUGAAGGACUACGGUCGCGUGAACUGUCGUCGCAGGCCCCAGCAGUCCAGCAUCAGCACCGUGGUGCAGUCGCACAAAUGGGACGUCAGCUACGCACCUGCUCCAAGUGAUAUUAUAUGGGAAAACCUGUCAGUGUGUGGAUCUCGGUGGUGGCUCCGCUGCGUCCUCCUCAACAUCCUCCUCUUCCUGCUGCUCUUCUUCUUCACCACUCCUGCCAUCAUCGUCAACACCAUGGACAAGUUCAACGUCACAAGGCCCGUGGAGAGUCUGAGGAGCCCAGUGGUUACAGAGUUCUUCCCGACCCUUCUGCUGUGGGCGUUUUCAGUGCUCCUGCCCUUUGUUGUCUACUACUCCGCCUUCUUUGAGUCCCACUGGACCAGAUCUGGUGAGAAUCAAGUGACGAUGCACAAGUGUUUUUUCUUGCUGGUCUUCAUGGUCAUCAUCCUGCCUUCACUUGGUCUGUCCAGCCUUGACCUCUUGUUCACCUGGCUCUUUGAUGUCAACUUCCUGGAAGAGAAGGAUUUAAAAUUUCAGUGUGUGUUUCUUCCUGACAACGGCGCAUUUUUUGUAAACUACGUAAUUACAUCCAGUUUGAUUGGCACGGCUAUGGAAUUGCUACGUAUCCCUGCACUGACGGUGUACGCACUGCGCCUCUGCUUUGCAAAAUCCCAAGCUGAGCGGAUUCAUGUCAAACGGAGUCAAGCUUAUGAGUUCCAGUUUGGCCUUGAGUACGCCUGGACCAUGUGUAUCUUUGCUGUCAGUAUGACCUACAGCAUCACGUGUCCCAUCAUUACACCCUUUGGUCUGCUCUACGCGAUCCUGAAGCACAUGGUCGAUCGAUACAACAUCUACUAUGCUUAUGUUCCCACCAAACUCAACCAGCGAAUCCACAGAGCAGCCAUUAGCCAGGUCAUUGUAGCUCCCAUUCUCUGCAUGUUCUGGUUGCUCUUCUUCUCCGUGCUCCGAUUAGGUCCAAUGCAUCCGAUCACCCUCUUCACUUUAGUGUCCCACAUCUUCUGCAUUGUCUGUUACCUCCUCCGCUUGUGCCUUAGGAAGCAACCAGACAAGUCAACAAGCUACCAGAUGUCUGAUCAGCCAGACGGGACGCUCACUGAUGCAGACAGGAGUACCGUAACAUCCACCACCGCCUCCAGUCUUUUUGUGGCAUCUGUGUUGCUGGAGCCAGAGCUGGCUUUGACUCCGAUGCCCUCCCCAGCCCACCACAGCUAUGGCGCCAUGGCCAGCUCUCAGAGUUCAAACCGUGGGCCAGCAGAGGAAGAAGAAGGAGAGGGGGAACACACCCAGACCCGUGAGACUGAGCUCCAAGACCCACCAGACCUCUAUUGCUCCACCACGCUCAUGGACAGCUCCAUGGGCUACCAGUAACACCAAAUCUCCACCCAAAACUGACUUCUACGUGUCCUUCAGCUGAAGAACACAGAUUACUAAAUGCCGCAAUGCUGCGUUUUCGCCACUGACCUCAGACUCCAACUACGCUGCUGCCUCAGACUCUGAGACUAGACUGUGCUUGCUAGUAAGGCUGAAGAGCCUGAAGAGUAACGGAGCCUGAGAAUACAGGAGCUAAAUGCUCUUAAACAUCACAGUUGCAGAAGAAAGCCAUUUGCCUAAACAAUCUGCCGAACCCAUCAGACACAGCUCAACAGAACAUAACACCAAGCUAAAUGUACAGAUUCUUUUAGCUAAAUGAUCAGAUGCUGAUACGUACUCUGUCUUCUUCUAUGGCUUAAUUUGCAAAUUAAAAAGGUUACAAGUGAUGCAGACUGUAAUAGAAAUGCAUUAUGGUUUCAGUCAGAGAUACUCUAUCCAUGCUGUGUCGCUUGGAAAUGAGUGGAGGCGAAAGUUCCCAUCAGAGUGGGUGGUGUGAACAGGCUUGCCCCGACAGACUGACAGAGGGGUUUGGGCAUAGGUGAUAUCUGGUUCCUCUGUAGCAGAGCUCGGCAGGGCUGAGGGUGAGGGCAGCUAGUUGUGAAGCCAUCUGCAGUGAGACAGCAGACAGACGGACGGAGGGCCAAAUGUAACUCAGAGAUGUACCGUAAUAUAUGUACGCUCUAAACGGAGGCACAAACAGCUUGACUCAACCUGAAGCUUGUAACUAUUAUCAAUAUAAGGUUGAUAUUUUUGCUACAGUAUUUUUGGUGUCAUUGAUAUUGUGCUUUGGGUUGGGGGCGGGAGGAAUCGAGGAUGUACAAUGAUUUGCAGAGAUGUCUCAUCUUAAUCAAAACCUUACCUAAUUAUGUUUCGACUGUACAUAUGGUCAAAGUGGAAUAGCUUGAGCUUUUUGGAAAUCUGCUAUCUAUUUUCUUGCUCACAGUUUGGUAAGAAAAUAAAGCAUGUAGCCUGUUAGCUUAGCUUAGCACAGGUUGGAACUAAUGACCACUGAUUGUGCACUAAUUUUCUGGUAGGCGUAGCGAGAUACUCUGAGGGCAUUAUAUAGGGUAUAGUUUGGAAAGUACUUUUAAACGUCAAACUCACUUUACUGUUAGCAUUGUUACGUCUUUGUGUAACGUUACUGAAACUUGGGGACUCGAAACAUGGAGAAAGGGCUAGCCUACAGGCAGAACCAGUAACUUUGUGGGGUGUUGAUGCCAAGAAUCUUGUCUUCACUUGUAGACACACGGGCACCCUGGUAAGUAGUUAUUUCUAUAAUACUUUUUUUCAAGUCCACCUAAAGAAUGCACGUGCAGUAGGUGCACUGUAGAGUAGCGUCUGGAUUAGUCUACACAGAAAAUAGGCAGGCACUUGGUUUUCUUUACAAAACCUGUAGUUUACCUUCUGAAAUUUAGAUCUCUUGGCCCCAGGGAGACAUUUGUAUACACUGGUUAGGUACAGAGUCAUGGCAAAAACAAACUAAAUGUCUUUCAGUUCUGAGGUUUUAUUUAUCAGGACAUAAUAAAAAAGUUGUGUCUUUAUAAGGUAACAAAAUUGGAUAAAUACAACCGGGGAUGAACAACACAUGACAUAUUACAACAAGUCAUUAUUUAUUUAAAAAAAAUCUAAGCCAAAAAUGCAGAAGCAGUCCUCUGGAAAACUAAAUCCAUGUCAUGAUUCAGUAGCUUGUAGGAGCCCAGUCAUUCUUUUCUGUGUGAAUAAUGGACUUUAAAUUGCUUGGAAAAACUUCUAACGUUUCCCAGAUUGACGGGCAGCAAUAGUUCUUUCUCAAAAGUCAUUGCUGAUGCCUUUCCUCCUUGGCAUUGCAUUAGCACACAUCUGAAUGCUCCAGACCAGCAAACUGUCAAAAUCUCUGCUUUUACCGAGUUGGUCAGACUUACUGACGAUCAGUUAAUCAAGUGCAUUGAUUAGCAAGACCUGACUGCUACUUUCUCUUUUAAUUCCUAAGGAAGCAGUAAGGGUGUACUUUCUUACACUGCUUCUGCAUUUUGGCAUUGCUUAUGUUAAUCAGUAACGACUGAGUGUAAUAUGCCAUGUGUUGUAGAUCAUUUAAGGUUUUCACCAUGACCGUAUAGCAUUGUGCAUAGCUAGCAGUCUGUUCGUUUAACCCAUAACAAAAUUACAAUAUCUUUGGCUUAGCAUACAGACCUGAAAGGAGGGGAAACAGCUAGUUUCUGGUUUUAAACCAGAGACUGGUUUAAAAGUAGCAGAGACUUUGCUUUAUGGUGUGUUGCUGCUAAGCUAAGCUAACUUGCUAUGGUACUAAUAUAUACAUCAAAGUGCAGGCAAGAAAGUGUUUUGUAAAAUGUGAAGCUGUUCCUUUAAGUUGUGAAGAAAUGGAGUAUAAUAGAAGCGCAUCCUAAAAUUACAUUAUUUUCCAAAUAUGCCAUGGAGUCUGUUUUGUGCCACUGCAGGAGAACAACAUGGAAAUCUCCAGAAGAAGUUUUUCGGUUUUGCUAAGUUUGCUAAACUCAAAAGCUUUUAUAAAAUUUUCCAGUUUUUUUGGUGUUGGUCAAAUAGGUCACUGCUGAAAUUAGGUUUUGUUAUGUUGCAAAGACAAACAGUAAAAUAAAGCACUAUCAUGCUGUUUUCAGUUGACAUAUGCUAUGUAACACGUCACUGCAUGUUAAUUACAUAUGUGCUAAACUUCAUGUUUUUUGUGUCAAUCUGUUGGUUUUUUUUGGUCUUUUUGUUUUUCUUUUAAAUCCUCUUUACAGCGGGUAAAAGAUUUUCUCAUGUGACUGAAUGUUAAUUUCUUACUAAUGUCUUUUGCUGUGCCUUGGAAAAAAAAAACGCCCUUAUUGUGUGACAAUCCAGCAUGGCCUGAAAUAUGCUGCAUGGACGAAACAACCAAGAGAUAAAAAUCGUAACAAACCCAAAACUCAAUUUUUUAACAGCCAGUGCGUCCUUCAUUCAGAAUAAAACAAACAUACAAUGUGAGCUUAUUCUACUAAGAUAUUAACAGUCAAUCUGCACACGAAGUCCUCUACCUUUAUCUUUAUCUAGAGCUUUUGAAUAUAUCACACGAUCUUCAUCAGCAUAUUAACUGGCUCAGCUGUCAUCCAUUCAUUCAAAGCUUACACCAUCCUGCGUACUCGUGGGACAGGAAGUCCUAAAGACGAACAGAUCACUGACCAGUGCGCAAACCUCAUCUGUUCUUGAAGACCAAGUGAUGGGAUCAAAAGCUGUAGAAUAGGAAAGCAAGUGAAUGUCAUAAAAAUGGUUGAUUGCGAGGUUAAGAAUGAGCGCGUGGCUUGUAGUUGUAUCAAUAUUUUGUAUUGUGUACUUGUUUGUGCCUUGUCACUGAUUUCAAUCAAGCCCUUUUUAUUCCUCGGUUACCUUAUUUUUGGAUCAUACGUAUGUAUGACGGGGUUCUCUAAAUGUUUGUCUUUGAUUAACAGUGACUGCUAUGGGUUAGGUAGCUCCUUGUUGUUAAGUAGAGUAAGUUAUAAUCGGUUUUCUGUUCUGUCUGAGAGAGUGUAUCAUGAUAUACUUAUAGUCAUGCUUUAUAUAACAUUAAUGGCACGUUUUGUUAUAAAGUGACAUGUAUUUUGCUCGUUUUACAGGGACUCUAAUUGUAGUAGCUUAUGCUGUAUAAAGUAGAUGAAAGCUAGCAGCAGAGCGCAGAUGAAGUGGCCACUGCAGAGGAUCAUGAAGUUUAAAAAAACAGAACAUCAAAGAGCAUCUCAAAAUUUCAGUCUCCAAACUGCAAACAUGUCCCAUGGCUUUCUCUUCCAGAAGCUCGUUUCACAGAUCAUUAAAUGUGCUUUCCUUUGAAAAAUACAAAAUAAAAACUAAUAGGGUAUUCUUAGCUCUAAUGGCCAUGCGAAGAGGGAUUGUCCGUUCCCAUGCUUUACUAGUUUUAUUGCAUCCGGACAUGUCUGUUCAUGUGCAGUCAGCUUGGCCAACCGAGGUCUAUUGGGUUUCCAGACGUGCCCGAUGCUUUUUGCUCUUCGUUUAUAAAAUAUGUGUAUCAUAAGUACAUUAUUUCAGAUUUUAUUCUGCUGUAAAAGUGGGCUGCUAUUAUCUCCAAGAAGUCUGAGGUUUAGGGACAGGCUGUGUUCAAGAUUGAUCUCUGUCAGGCUAAUGAGUUUUCAUCUGUUAUAAGUGAAGUGCUGUGAUCUGAGAUUAAAAUGAAUUCAGCUCAAUCCA